GCCGCCAUGGAUGUCUGAGUUUUGACAACCGCAGUUCAGGGCCGAAGGCGGUGGCCGUCCAUAUAGUACAAUACUACAGAACAUUUCGUGGCGAUGGCACGGAUCGCUUCAUUUUUCAGCUUUAUUACAGCAUGCGGCGCAUUGUCGCUCGAGAGACAGGGUCCUGACGACUCCAAGAUCUUCGACUUCGGCAAGGAGGCCGAGCAGGCCGAGGCGGCGGCGUUACGAGCCCGGGAAGAGGCGGAGGCGCUCGCCAGCGUGGACGCCGAUGCCGGGAUCUCUGAGCGCCAGAUGGAUGCUUAUCUCGAAGAGACCGAGGUCAAGAAGGAGUCCAGCGAGGAGUCGAUGAUGGAGCGAGUCGUCAAGUCCAUGGAGCACGAGGCCGCCUCGGAGGAUCGUGUCGUGUCGGACGUCGAGCGGCAGCUCCGGCAUUUGGAGGGCUCCGUCAGGCAGGAGAGGAGCAAGAAGUUCGCCGGGGACGACGGCGACGGGUGGCACGAGGACGAGAAGCUCAAGCGCGAGGAGCUGCGCGAACGCAAGGCGGACCAGGAGUUCGCCCGGGAGCAGAGGCAGGCUGCCAAGCUGAUGGUGGCAGAGGAACAAACAGCGUCACAAGCAGCCCGGGCGAGGGAGAAGAUGGAGCUGCACCGCCGUGCGGAGGCGGAGCACGAGACGCAGCUGAGGCUCGCGCUGGAGGCGGACGCCCUGCGCCAGGAGGCGGCGAGCAACGGCACGCUGCCCGAGGAGGAGGUGCUGCAGCUGCUCGACAUGAGCUCGAAGGAUCUGGCGGCCAUCACCAAGAAUCUCUCCAGCUUCGGGCCCGAGAACAUGACCGCCCUCUGGAUCGAAGACCGGCUCGACGGCUCGAGGGCGAAGUACGCCGCCGCGGCCGCCAAGAUGCUGGAGACGAUCAGGUACAAGGUGGACACCUUCAAGAGCACCCACCAGGACUACGACGACCACCAGUUCCUUGCAAAGCUGGCCCAGCUCAUCGGCGAUACCAAGGCCGAGAUCAGGGACUUCGGGCAGACGAAGGAGGCGCUGAUGACCCGGUUGCACGGCUGGGACAAAGCCAACGGUGAGAAGCUCACCUACACGCUGGCCCUGGCGGUUAAGGGGGUGACGGAGAGCGUCGAGUUCAAGAACCACCUCCUGGGCAUCAACGAGGCCCGCCUGACCCACGGCAUCGGCAACAUCACCGAGGCUUGCGGCGUGAUCGGGGACCUAGUCCGCACCAGCAUGCAGCCCGCUUACAAGAGCCUCGGGCUGCAGAGGGAGACGCUCGACGGCAUGAGCAAGAUCACGCCAACUAUCACCGCGAACAUGCCAGCCUACGUCCAGAAGAGCAUGGCGAACCGCUCCGCCGCCAUGGUGAACAUGGCAUACAUGGAGCACCUGGCCCUCAAGGAGUCCGCGACCGCCAUCCUGCAGGAUGCCUCACCCGUCGUCCUGAGCCGCCUCCACUGCACCAUGAACGAGAACAGCGGAUCCCCGCGAUCCCGCCUCGGCGUCGCCGCCCUCGCCGCCGCGGUGGCCUGGCUGGCGCUCUGAGGGAGUGCGCGGGCGCGGCCGCGUGGCGCUCGGGUGCGGUGCGCAUGCCUGCGCGCACCGGGCCCGUGCUCGUCUCCGUGGCGGCCCAGCUCUUCGCCGGGCGGCACCCACCCCGCCAGACGCGCGCGAGUGUGCGGCUCGUCCUCAGAAGAGCACGGGGCACCGACGUCGCUGCUUGUCCCGGAGGGCCCGCGUCUCCGCGGCUGCCUGCGCUUCGCAAGUCUGGUCGCAUUGCACCCCAUUCCAGGUCCGUGCCUCGGCCACGCGCAGAGGGGGGUGCCCCCACGUCUGUGCCGCCGCUGGGGGAGCGAGCGGAAGGAGCACGUGCAUGUCCAGAGGCGUCGCUCGGUCAACGCCUCGACUGUAUCAGAAUCGUGGCCAGAAUGGUGCGGCGGCGGACGGCGGCGACGGGCGGCGGCGAACGGCCAAGAGCUGGCUGGACGGGCACAGCCCCAGUCGCGGGCAGUGGCGUAUGUAGCACUGUGUAACGACCGCCUUCUCGGCGAC